CGUGGCGCGACGCAUGUACGAAACGGCACAGCAAAUCAAAGCGCCUGUGGACGAAGCUGCGUACGGUCUGGGAAUUAGCACCACAAUCCAACCUCUAUCUUAGAGUUUUAGUAACAACUUCAGUCUAGGGCGCAAUACUUCUAAGUUUUAUUUUAACCUUUUCAUCGGUGACUUAUGGAAAAUCAGUGUGAGACACAUGUGAGACACGAGAUAGCAGGUUGCAUAUUGUUUUGACAAACAAUACUAGACGGGUUGUGUACUAAUAUUGGCAAGAAACCUGCAGUCUGCCCGUUGUUGUGCUUGCUCAACAAUAAGCAACGCUCCAAAAUAAAAUGGAUUCAGAAGAAGGACUUACAACUGAAGAUGGAAAAGAUGACGACGAAGAAGAAAUGAAGAUAUGUUUCUACAUACCAGCAUUGUUAAGUAACUCUGUAUGUAGAAUUUUAUCCACGUUUUGUAUCCACUUUAAAUCUUAUUCAAAUAACAAUAGCUUUCAUACAAUGACACUGUACAAAAUGUAGGGCAUAAAAAGUGUUAAUUACUUCGUUCACUUUCCUCUUACUGUGUAUGUGACAUUUAUCAAAAUUAUUCAGGCUAUAAGUCUAUAUAUAUUUAUAUAUAAGUUUAAGCUUCUGAAAAAUGCAUUUAAAAGCAUUGAAUCGUUAAGAUAUUGUGAAGUAGAAGUUAGAUAUUCAAAACAGCAAAAUCGACGUCGGUUUUCAUUGAUCAAGAUUUCCGUCAUCGAAUUGCAUAAUACAUAUUUUGAUCGGAAACAAAACUUAAAGUAAAACGGAACAUUUCAUCAGUAAAACAUUUCGUGUAGCUUUUAUAUUAUUGCAAACGAACAGACUACCGAAAUAUCUACAUAAAUAUUCUAUUCUUAAUAGACGAUCCAAUAAUCAAUAUACUAUUUCCCAACCGGUCAUUGACAUUGAAUUUGUUUGCACGUCUUGUAAUCUGACUGUAUAGCAAUAAAAGUAAAACUAUUACAAAUUUAAACUUUAACGUUUUUUAGCCUUUACUCUUUAGUAUGCAAAUAAGUAAAAAACAUAAUGACUCGUUACUUGAGAGACUGCGUGGGCGAAGCCGAAAGCAAAGAUUUAAUUCAGAUAUAUUUUAUCAAUUUACUAAAUAGGCUUGGUUAAUUAAGUAUGUUGAUAAAGAGAUGCCUUGCCAGUUACUAAGAGACAUAGUACAUUACAUUAUUCCUUGGAUAUGGUGAUAUUUCCGUCAUAUACAGAGAUGUGAUAUACAAAAUCACAAUGAUGACAUAUGCAAAUAUGUAUUGACUGUAUUGCUGCGAGGCAGUGAAGCAGUAGGAAAGUAUACAAAUACGUAUAGAAUAUUACAGCUAUAAUAAUUGAAGGUUCUAUUUUAUAAUAACUGAAGGUUCUAUUUUAUCCAAUGAGGGAAUCCUCUGUGGCUCCAACAUUGAAGAAUAAUUAGUGAAGAAGAUUCCUACAUUGGGAAUAAUUAGUGAAAAUCUAAGCGGAAUUAUACUCGGAAGCUGUGGGUCUAGGGGGGGAGGGGUUUCCUGGUCUAGGAUUGAGCCCUAUAACUUGAGCCAGCUAAUAAAAUUUUGCUUCAGAAGACACUGGCGUUGAUCUAUGGUAUGCACUUUCUGGAAUUUUCCUAAACCAAAACACACUUAGGUACUAAACAAUGCCAGCGAUAUAUAAAUUAUUCACAAUAAUAAACAGAUAUUUUUUCCUUACUUUAAUAACAGACGUCCACCGUUAUGGACACUGAUGACACACAAUUUAAAGAUCAAGCCUACAUGAAAGAAACUCCAAAUCACUCUAUUAAAGAUGAAAAUGACUCUCUGUAUAACAGUGAGUCAACAUCAAUAACGUUCAGAGAAGAUAUGAAAGACGAUAAAAUGUGCAGGAUUUGUUACGGAGGAGACUCGACGUUUGAUAAGCUUAUAACCCCUUGUCUAUGCUCUGGAUCGACAAAAUACGCGCAUGAAACAUGCUUGUUGCAGUGGGUUUCCUUCAAAGGAUCAAAAGCAUGCGAACUUUGUCUUUAUAACAUGGAAAUACAUUGCAAAGGAAUUAAACCUUUUUGGAAGGUAAGUUUGUAAUACAGAAAAUAUUUUCGUUUAUAGUCUAGUAGAUCAUUCCUUUCACUCCGGAGUCUCUGAUACUCAAACCUCAUUGAAUGCUACACCAACGUCAAUACUUUAUGGAUACACUGAAGUACUUUUAACAAAUAGAUAAGAUUUUGCUGUUGUCUGUUCAGUUAUGUAAGUGAGGGUUAAAUUUGUCUUCCACUUCCUUUCACUGAUUAAUCAGCACGCAUCUGAUUCGUUAAUCUGGAAGAUUAAAGUUUAACAAAUAGAUAACAUUUUGCUGUUGUCUGUUCAGUUAUGUAAGUGAAGGUUAAAUUUGUCUUCCACUUCCUUUCACUGAUUAAUCAGCACGCAUCUGAUUCGUUAAUCUGGAAGAUUAAAGUUUAACAAAUAGAUAACAUUUUGCUGUUGUCUGUUCAGUUAUGUAAGUGAGGGUUAAAUUUGCCUUCCACUUCCUUUCACUGAUUAAUCAGCACGCAUCUGAUUCGUUAAUCUGGAAGAUUAAAGUUUAACAAAUAGAUAACAUUUUGCUGUUGUCUGUUCAGUUAUGGAUACACAGUAUGACGCCAUAAUGUGGGAAGAACAAAAACGUGGCUCACGAGCAUAGAUACAGGAGACAUAUAUCUCCUAUAUAUAUACUCACGCCGAGCCACCGAGACGAGUGGGUCACUUUUUGACUCACGGAUGUUGCGAAGCAAAUCGGGCCUGCGAAUCGGGCCUUUCAGAACCGGAAAUCGGGCUGGAGCACGCGUUCGUUCUAUUGAUUUGGCCAGGGCGUAGUAAAACACGGGCGAGGAAACGCGCGGUAAUCGCGCUGAUCUAUGUGUGAUGCGGCUGGAGACUGGCGAAAGCGCGCGUUUUGCGAGAAAUACAAAAAGAACGGCACAAAAAUGGCAACAAAAAGAUUUGCCGAAGACUACGAAAUAACGAACGAAAAUAUAGGUAAGUUUUAAAUUAUUACAUAAUUAUUUAACGUAAUUUGAAAGAAACACUAUUAUACUUCAGCUUUACUUAAUUAAAAUAAACAAAAAGCGCAUUGCGUUGUAAAAUGUCAAUGUUUUAAGAAAUGUUUUGAUUUUUGUUCCCUUCAAAAUUUGUUAUUUUUGCGCACAAAGUCAGGUUUUAAUACGAGUUUUUUAACGCUCUAGGUAGUCCUAGGUGAAUUUGAUAGCACAAAAAGUUUCCCAAAUUAACAUACUUGAGAAUAAUUAAAAUUAAGAGUCGGACUUUUUUGGACUUUUUUUGCUAUAACUUUUUUCCUUGAACAUAGUGCUGUUCAUCAUUUGUAUCGCAAGGAGAAGCAACGCAAGUUAACACGAAAGUUUUUAAAAUAUCAAGCGGAACAUUUUAAAUAUUGUUCAAUCUAAUUAUAUUGCCACAAUAUUUGAUUUUAGAUACAAAUAACAUUCCCCAAGCCGUCAAAGACAUAAUUAGUUCAAAAACAAUUAGUUUCAAAAACAAUAUAUAGAUCAUGUCAGCUCGAUAAAGUACAGCGUAUAUGGCCAUUUUAGAGGCCAUGUUUACGUUUUGAAAAAGAACCGCGGAAAAAUUGUAUUUUUGCAUGUAGUUUUUUUCCUAGGUGUGAAACAUCCCCUAAAAAAUCGUACAAACUGAAAUCAAGUCAUAAUAUAUCAGAAAUUUUUUAAAAGAAGACAGACUUUUUCAUCAAAACAUAUUUUUUUAGCCUUGAAUUUCAGCAUGUCAGCUCGACAAACUGCCGAGGAUGCGGCCAUGUUUACGUUUUGAAAAAGAACCGCGGAAAAAUUGUAUUUUUGCGUGUAGUUUUUUUUAUAGGUGUGAAACAUCCCCUAAAAAAUUGUACAAACUGAAAUCGAGUCAUAAUAUAUCAGAAAUUUAUCAAAAGAAGACAGAAUUUUUCGUCGAAACAUAUUUUUUUAGCCUUGAAUUCCAACAUGUCAGCUCGACAAACUGCCGAGAGAAUACGGCCAUGUUUACGUUUUGAAAAAGAACCGCGGAAAAAUUGUAUUUUUGCAUGUAGUUUUUUUCCUAGGUGUGAAACAUCCCCUAAAAAAUUGUAAAAACUGAAAUCAAGUCAUAAUAUAUCAGAAAUUUUUUAAAAGAAGACAGACUUUUUUGUCAAAACAUAUUUUUUUAGCCUUGAAUUUCAGCAUGUCAGCUCGACAAACUGCCGAGAGAAUGCGGCCAUGUUUACGUUUUGAGAAAGGACCGUGUUUUACUACGCCCUGGCGCAACCUACAAACUUUCCACCCUGGCAAAUACAUACUAUAAAUGUUUAUUGAAGUAUCUAGUAUCAGCUUAUAUUGCUAGAAUUGGUAUCUAUUUCACUUGCAAAAUGAACGAAGCGAUUGUUGAGGAAAAGACAUGCAUUUUGAACUCGAUUUUGACGACAUUUUUUCUUUUUUGACAAAGCGCGGACGUAUUUAAAAUAGUGUUUUCUCCUCGUUGAGAUAGGUUGAGAUAAAUUUGAACACACCAAACUUUAGACAUUUAACUUGGCUUUAUGUCUCACGUAAAAUUGAACGGGGCUUUUUUGUGCUUUUUUCAUAAAAUGGAGGUAUUUUGCAGCCUUUAUAGUUUUCCGUAACACUGUCACUGUAAUGUCAACGACUGCAGUCGCACGAAAAAAGAUUCACACUGAAUAUUUUUGGAGUGUCGGCGGCAGUUAGUUAUACCAAUAAUAGAAAUCAAAUCAAUUAGUAAAAAACACUUUACAAUGAACUUUCAAUGGAUUCCGAGCAGGCCGGCUCAUGGUUAACUCAAAAACGGUUAUAUAUUUAAGUUUUCAAAUUGUUCGAACAAAUUGUAGUUGUUUUUUUCAAAUUCUAGCUGUUUUAAAUGCAUGCAUGGUCAAUUUUUGGCUAUAUAAUUAUUGAAAAAUAAUAGCCAAGCAAUGUCAGAAUAUUCUUACUAUGAAAAUGUUUAUCCUACCUUCGCAUUAUGAAGUAAAAUAUCCCAUUUCAUACCAAAAUUUUCGUAUAAUAUUUUUGGAGUAUGCCCACAUUCGAUCAGCUCGAUUCCUUUUCAAAUUUUUAUUUCACUCAUGAUGAAUCUUUUUAAAGCCCUCUUUCCUUCAUCAGAUAUACAGAAAAUGAAUUCAACAAUGUCUUCAAACCAUCAAGUUGUUUAGGAAUGUGCAGAAAACAGUUUUUACUUUAGUUUUUUCUUAAUGUAUACGGGGGUACGCGCAUCACACAAAGAUCAGGGGCGCUAUCUCCGUUUCACCGCCCGUGUUUUAUAGCGCCCUGAUUUGGCAAAUGAAGCAUGCACGACAAAUGGGCGAAAUGGCAAAAUUCGCACGGUGCCCUGUUUGCAAAAACAACUGCAAACUGCUCUAAUUAUUUCUGUCACUUUCAUUUGAUCUUAUCCGUGAGUCGGCCUCAACGGCCUUUGGUUUGUUCUUUCCACAUUAUGACGUCAUAUUGUGUAUCUAUAACUGAACAGACAACGGCAAAAUCUGAUCUAUUUAAUUUGUUUUAUAUAAUAAAAAGAAAACACCCGAAUUAAACAGGUAAAUAUAGAUUACCUUUUAUUCACACAAACAUUUGGAAAUUUGAAAAAGUCGAAAUUUUUACAAAUAUCACGCGCACAUGAUCUAUACAAGGGGCCAUUCACAAAGGAUGUCCGAGCCGAGGGGAGGGGGGUUUGGAAAAUCAGGACAAACUCGGACAUAGGGGGGGAGGGGGGGGCUUUAGCAAUCCGGAUGUCCGAAAUUUAAAAAAAUUCAAAAACAAAUUUCUUUUUCCCUCUAUUUUGAGCAGUCCUUCCCAUUGUGAAAUUGGCAUUUUGACUAUGCGGUUAACACUAGAUUUUGUUUUAAUUAGUAAUUUAUAUGUUUUUGUGUUCACAUUUACAGUUAUAAAAAAGUUCUAAAAGUAAGAAAAGUUUUUUACUCUUGAUAUAUACAAGGUUGCAUGAGUUUUUGCGAGGCAUGGCGGAUGUCCGGGGGGAGGGGGGUUCACUAAUUCGGACAAUGCCGGACAAGGGGGGGAGGGGGGGGUCUGAAAAUCCAUCAUUUGGCCGGACAUCCUUUGUGAAUGGCCCCCAAAUAAGGGAAUGCUAUUGGAUAAGGUACGUUUUGCGCCCUGGUUUUGUGUGACGUAAUUCCGUGCAUCUGUCCUCUAAUAGAUCAUAGCUCUCAACCAAUGAAAGCGCUUGAAUUCUUAACGUUAAUAUAUAAAUUUUAAUGGCAAACUAUAGAACCACAAAAGACGUUAUAACACCAUGAAAGAAAUUACCCACGUUUUCACGUCCCUUGUAUAUCUAUCUAAAUGGACAACUGCAAAUUGUUAGCUAUCUAUACUUAAGAAAGUUAUUUUAAGGCGGCUCAACUCAGCUCGUACUGAAGAGUGUUGGGGCAUCGAAGUGUGACUGAAAGACAUUUGCACGCCUGCAUAUCAUCUAUACAAACCUCAAUAAUUAGGGGGGGGGGGCAUAUUCAUAUAUUCGUGUACACAGACCAUAAAAACAAUCGAUUUCAAAAGAAAUUAAUAUCGCAGAACACGAAUAUAUGAAUAUGAGCCCCCUCCCCCAAUUAUCGAGCUUGCUACGGCACUGAAAACAAUUAAGGAUAUUUUUCUUCAUUGAAAUGGCUUGCGUUUGUCCCCUAAUAAACCAUAGCACUCUACCCAUGAAAAGAAAGAAUGAAUUACUUCAUGAUUUAUCCCUUUGUUCUAGUGGCAGAAACCAAAAUCAUGCGAUGCAGUGACGACCUUGUCAAUGUUAUACAGUAUAGUGAUGUUUAUGUUCCUGGCCAUGGUGAUGUGGAUAGCCACCAACAAAUGUACGUCAGCUCUAUGUAUCACUCUGUACUGUCUAUGUAUUGUAGCCGUGGCUUAUUUCUGCUAUUGUUGUGGUUACCUACACUGUAUGAAGCCAUAUUGCAGAGCAUUCUGGGAUAUUAACCGUCGCUGGUCAGUCGUAGGUCGUCGUAUUAGUUCGGAGAACGUAGAAAAUUGUGAUAGUAAGGUUUAAGGGUAUCUUUCACCAUUGUGAUAAGUGGACAAAUGCAGAAAUACUGUUUAACCAUGUCAUUUUCAAAAUUAUGAAGGUGCUUCUGAAAUUAACAUCAUACGUGCGUGAAUAUACAUUAAAAUCGUGUCAUGCAUAUCAGAAAGACAUUUAGAGGUAGAAAAAUCAAGCUAACAAGGUCGGCAUGAUCUUGGCUUGACUCUAGUUAUGUUAGGCGGGGAAGGUAAAACUUUAUGUAAACACGCUAGCCACUUUAAAGUACAUAAAUCCAGGGAGGUGUUACCAUUAUGAUUAGCGGGGUUGACAUUAAAUGAUAGUUAAACUGGAAUACGUCAGGGGAUAGGUAGUGCUAGUCCCGUUUUACAAACUUCUGUUGAAAAAUAAAGUUUCUAGAUCUGUAAAUUUUUAGGCUUUCCGUAU